AUGAUACCUCCCACCACGGCCACCCCUUCUAGCGAUGUGCUCUUCCCAAGCCUCUCUGCUCAGGAAUUGUGGCGCUCACAAGUGACAGGUUAUGCCGGAUCCAUCACCCGCCACAUCAGCCAUCGGGCCAACAACUUUAAAAGGCACCCAAAGAGGAGGAAACACAUCCGGCCGUCCCCUCCCCCUCCCCCGAAUACCCCAUGCCCGAAUGACCGGAUUCACUUCGGGGAGCUCCACCCCCAGAGGUCCUUUCUGGAACUGUUGUUCAACGGGUGCAUCCUUUUCGGGAUCGAGUUCAGCUACGCCAUGGAGACCGCUUACGUGACUCCAGUAUUGCUCCAGAUGGGGUUGCCGGAUCAGCUCUACGGAAUGGUCUGGUCGAUCAGCCCGAUUCUAGGAUUCCUGCUGCAGCCCUUGCUGGGGGCUUGGAGCGACAGGUGCACUUCCCCCUUUGGCAGAAGGAGGCCUUUCAUCCUGGUCCUGGCAAUUGGGGCAUUGCUGGGACUCUCUUUGAUGCUGAACGGCAGAGAUAUCGGAACUGCUUUGACUGACACUGUGAAUAACCACAAAUGGGGAAUUGCUCUCACCAUCUGCGGAGUCAUCCUUAUGGACUUCUGUGCAGAUUCUGCCGACAAUCCCAGCCAUGCCUACAUGAUGGACGUGUGUAGCCCGUCGGAUCAAGACCGAGGACUCAACAUUCAUGCCUUGCUAGCUGGCCUCGGAGGCGGCUUCGGCUAUGUCGUUGGAGGAAUUAACUGGGACAGAACUGGCUUUGGACGAGCGGUGGGAGGCCAGCUUCGUGUCAUCUACAUCUUCACUUCCAUUGCGUUGACGAUAGCAACCGUCUUGACUUUGAUCAGUAUUCCCGAAAGGCCCUUGCACCCCUUCAGCAAGAAGAAGAAGGUCAUGAAGAGCCCAAAUCUGCCGCUCCCUCCAUCCCCGCCCCUUCUUUUCGAGGACUGUGCCAGCGAGAACCUCGGGUCGCAGAACUCAGUCCAUUUAUAUGCCAGUUUCACCAGCCCCAUUUCCCCCCUCAGCCCGCUCACGCCUAAAUAUGGCAGCUUUAUCAGCAGGGACAAUUCCUUGACAGGCCUUAGCGACUUUGCCUCCUCUUUUGGGACCUCCAAUAUCGACAGCGUGCUGAUCGAUUGCUUCACAGGAGGACAUGACACCCACUUGACUGUCCCAUCCAGCUUGCCCAGACAAACUUUAAGCGUGAGUUUCCCCAGGGCUCCAGAGGGAUUCUUUUGCCAUGAAAACACAUCCUUAGACCCAGGGGAGAAUGCGGGGACUCCGGGACCAGAUGGUGAGGGAUUGAGGGUGGGCUCCUUGGAUGCCACCAAACCACGAUCAUCAGGGAUUUUGAAAAGACCCCAGACUUUGGCUAUCCCCGAUAUAAUCACGGGCAACAUUCCAGAGACCAGCAGGAGACGGAACGUCACCUUCAGCCAACAGGUCGCGAACAUCUUGUUGAACGGGGUGAAGUACGAGAGCGAACUGAAUGGAUCGAGCGAACUUUCCGAACAGCCACUAUCCAUGAAGCUGCUGUGUAACACCAUCUGCCAAAUGCCCAAGGCCCUGCGCAACCUCUGUAUCAACCACUUCCUAGGCUGGCUUUCGUUUGAAGGGAUGCUUCUCUUCUACACAGACUUCAUGGGGGAAGUGGUCUUCCAAGGAGACCCCAAAGCACCUCACCAUUCCGAAGAGUACCAAAAGUAUAACGCAGGAGUGACUAUGGGUUGCUGGGGGAUGUGCAUCUAUGCAUUCAGCGCGGCCUUCUAUUCUGCCUCACUGGAGAAAUUAGAGGAAUACUUCAGUGUCCGCACACUCUAUUUUAUAGCGUAUCUGGCCUUUGGACUGGGCACUGGCCUAGCUACGUUAUCCAGAAAUAUCUAUGUGAUUUUAUCGCUAUGCAUAACUUACGGCAUUUUGUUUUCUACACUGUGCACACUUCCUUACUCUCUGCUCUGCGACUAUUACCAGAGUAAAAAGUUUGCCGGAUCCAGCGAGGAGGGGACGAAGAGAGGGAUGGGGAUGGAUAUCUCCCUCUUGAGCUGCCAGUAUUUCCUUGCACAAAUCCUGGUUUCCAUUGUGAUGGGGCCUUUGACAUCCAUGGUGGGCAGCGCCAAUGGGGUGAUGUACUUUGCCAGCCUGGUAUCAUUCAUUGGCUGCUUGUAUUCAUCCCUUUGUGUCGUCUACGAGAUUUCCCCGGGUGAGGAAUUGGCUGAAGAGCAACAGCCACUGCUGCUGAGCACCUGA